CUUAUCAUUAAGUUUCCGAAAUCAGAAAUGUGCUUAUUGAAAUUUUAAAAUUAAAAAAUUAAUUGAAUUGAUUAAUAUCUACAUUUAAAUUUUUAUCGAUCAAUUAGUGAAGCCUUUUAUAAUUUUAAUUAUUUUUAACAUGCAAAAUUUUUGUCGCACUGAAUUUUUGUUCAGUAAUUUAUUAAGCAAAGCUAUAAAUCAACAGCCAGUUAGGUAUACUCGUAAGCCUCGAUGGGUAAAAAAAGCCCCAAGUAAAAUAUUUAAAAUACCUAAACGACCUCAAAUAACUGAAGAAGAAAGGAAUGAAUUAUUUAAUCUUUUCACAACUUAUAGGACUUGUAUGAAGUCAAUACAAAAGCAGCUAGAAGAAGAAUUAGAAAAGUCGGACAUUGGUAAUGAAGUAUUACAAGAGUUAGCAAGAAAAGAAGAAGAACAAUGGAAAAAGUGCUUACAAAUAAAUGAAAAAUGGAAUACUCAAAUAGCUUUAGCAAGAGAUGAAAGAUUAGUAAAAGAAAAAGAAAUUUUAAGGAAUGACAUUUUAAAACAUUUAAUGGAAAAUGAAGAAGAACAAAUAAAAAAACUGAAGGAGAUUGAGGAAAUUGUUCGAUUAGAAAAGGAGAAAUCCAAGACUUAUAUUACUGUUCAUAACAUUGAUGAUGCAAUUAAUAAUACUUUAGAUAAUAUUGUAGACCAUAAUUAUGCCAUAGAUCUAAAUGGUAAUAUUCACCGAGGCAAUAUUAGUAAGAAUAUUUCAGCUACAGAACACAGUAAAAAAAAUACUCAUGUUCAAUCAAUUAACAGUUAAAUAUAGCGUUUUUUCUUUCAUUUUAGUGUUUAUAUAAUAAUAUUAUAAAAACUUGAAUAUAAAGCAAGUCAUCAUCUAGUUUCUUGAAUAAAUCUUCUUGCUAUAAUAAUAGUAA